GGGCGGGGCCCGUCAGACCGGGCGGUGGCACGGCGCUGAUGGGCUGGGCCGCGCUGCAGCGGAGACGACGGCUGUGGCUGCAGAGGCCACUGAGGCGCUGACUGGGUGGCCAGUGGGCUGCUGUGUCCUGGAGCACCCUGUGGAAGGCCCCUCACUCCUCCGGCAGCGGUGAACCAAGGCACUUGGCCUGCCAGUGAGCUGAGCUGCGGUGGGCACAGCCCGGAGCAACCGCGACCGCGGACAGGUUAGAGUGGGGGCAGGGUCAGUCGCGGGAGCAGCCCAAGGCCAGAGAGGGAGCCGGAGCCAGACCGUCUCCAACCAUGUCAGAUGAGACGUCGGCCACCACUUCCUACGAGAAGUUUCUAACCCCCGAGGAACCCUUCCCGCUCCUGGGACCUCCUCGCGGGGCGGGCACCUGCCCCAGCGAGGAACCGGGCUGCCUGGACAUCAGCGACUUCGGAUGCCAGCUGUCCUCCUGCCAUCGCACCGACCCGCUCCACCGCUUCCAUACCAACAGGUGGAACCUAACUUCUUGUGGAACAAGUGUUGCCAGCUCAGAAUGCAGUGAGGAGCUAUUUUCAUCAGUUUCUGUUGGUGAUCAAGACGAUUGCUAUUCUCUAUUAGAUGAUCAAGACUUCACUUCUUUUGAUUUAUUUCCUGAGGGUAGUGUCUGCAGUGAUGUCUCUUCUUCUAUUAGCACUUACUGGGAUUGGUCAGAUAGUGAGUUUGAAUGGCAGUUACCAGGCAGUGACAUUGCCAGUGGGAGUGAUGUACUUUCUGAUGUCAUACCCAGUAUUCCCAGUUCACCUUGCCUGCUUCCUAAAAAGAAAAACAAGCACCGGAAUUUAGAUGAACUUCCUUGGAGUGCAAUGACAAAUGAUGAACAGGUGGAAUAUAUUGAGUAUUUGAGUCGUAAAGUCAGUACUGAGAUGGGCCUUCGGGAGCAACUUGAUAUUAUUAAAAUCAUUGAUCCUUCUGCUCAAAUCUCCCCUACAGACAGUGAGUUUAUUAUUGAACUGAACUGUCUUACAGAUGAAAAACUGAAGCAGGUCAGAAACUAUAUCAAGGAGCAUAGCCCUCGCCAGCGGCCUGCAAGAGAGGCCUGGAAGAGAAGCAACUUUAGUUGUGCAAGUACCAGUGGAGUGAGUGGUGCCAGUGCCAGUGCCAGCAGCAGCAGCGCCAGCAUGGUCAGUUCUGCAAGCAGCAGUGGGUCCAGUGUUGGAAACUCUGCUUCAAACUCCAGUGCCAACAUGAGUCGAGCACACAGUGACAGCAACUUGUCUGCAAGUGCAGCAGAGCGGAUUCGGGAUUCAAAAAAGCGAUCCAAGCAGCGAAAGUUACAGCAGAAGGCUUUCCGCAAGAGGCAGCUGAAAGAGCAGAGGCAGGCCCGGAAGGAGAGGCUCAGCGGGCUCUUCCUUAAUGAAGAAGUGCUGUCCUUGAAAGUAACGGAGGAAGAUCAUGAAGCAGAUGUUGAUGUUAUGAUGUAAUAAGGGUGAUUUUGUCAUCAUUCUUUCCAAGCAUUAUUCUAUCCUUAUUAGUUUACAUGCAUCUUAACCAAAAUUUUGGUUAGGGCUGUGCUGAUGUACCAUUAAUAAUUUGGGCCAGAGGUUCUCAGGGGGUGGUCUCAAGACCUGCAGCUUCAGCAUCACCUGUGAAGUCAUUAGGAAUGUGGACUAUUGAGCCCCACGAGAGACUUAGUGAGUCAGAAACCACAUAGGGUUGGGAAGUCAUUGUGUUUUAGCCAGUGCCAGGUUAUUCUGAUGUACAUUCUGAUUUAUGAACCAUAAGUAAAUGUUUUGACUAUUUAAACUUUAUGGUGGUUAUGUGGGCUUUUUCAAAGACUAGUACUUUUACAGUUUUGGAGAUUUUGAGGUACUGUUGACAAGUAGUUUAUUACGUCAGUGUAUGUACAUGUGUAGGGAUCAUAGUUCAAUUCCAUUCUUAAGAUUUCUUUGUUUACUUUUUCUAAAGGGCCAUAGCAUAAUUCUCAGUUCCUGAUGGGAAUCUUUUUUGAGGUGAGAGUGCACACAAAGUAUGGAUUGCUGUUUUUACAAUAGUGCCUUCAUUAGGUUUAGUUCUAUUUUCAUUCAUUAUUAACUCAAAGGAAGAAAAGGCCCUAAUCUUUUCCCAGGUAGAUUUGUUUUUGUUUUCAUUUUAAUCAGAAUCCUUUCUAUAAGUGAUGACUACUGAGGAAAUAAUGCUACUAGUAGCUGAAUUUUAGAUUGAAUGCUAUGUUGACUAACAUUCAAAUGGGGAAUGCCAUUAGGCAAGAUAAUAAAUUCUGCUUUUUCACUGCUUUCUGAAAUUUUAGGGUAUAAAAUUUUUUUCAGGCAAAAUCUCUCUCUCUCUCUUUCUCUCUCUCUCUCUCUCAAUUCUUUUUGUAGGCCAUUUUUUUUAAUCUAGCACAGCUCUAAUUUUUAAAUAUUUGAUAUAACAGCUUCAGGCCUAUGAACAGGUUAAUCUUCUAAAUUAACUGAUGAAAGCCCUUUAGAGUUCUAAACUUCUCUAUGAAUUGCUGUAAGUAUACAGAGCAGUGAGACUAAGAAACCACCAUAGCUUGUUGGUUAUUAAUAGAACUCUAAUUUUAAAUGUAAAAUCAUUGAAUUUCUUUAAAUGUUUUCACAGUUUGUUAUCAUGAACCUAGAAAUAGUGUUAUUCCUUUUCUUCUACCACAUCUUUGAACAUCCACGUGGGUUGAAGAUAGAAACUGAUACUACUGACAAUCAAGCUGCUUUCUGACUUUAAUUUUCUUUUUAUUGUGGAUAACAUUUAGGAAGUAAUCUGAUUCUAUAGGAAGAGUUAUAAUGAAUAUUUUUUAAAUUGUAUAGUUUAGACGUUAAUAGUAUUUCUACUUUUCUUAACAUUAGCUCAUUAAAAGACUAGCAACUUAAAUUCUUAAUUCUCAGUUGAUAUAAAGACUUAAACUUUGCUUAAUUAAAAAUGAAAUUUUCAUGUAUUUUAAAUUUUUAUUUCAUUUUGGUUCCUUGAAGGUUAAAGAAUUGAAACUGAGGAUAAAAAUUAAUACAUUGAAGCUUUUGCUCAAGUCUGGUAUGAUUAUAACAUUUUGAAGACUACUAAAGUAAGAAUUUAAAAUUUUACUCAAAUGAAAACAUAUACAUAUAUAUGAUUUUCA